UGUUCAAGCUCAAAUCCAGCAGCAUAACAAGCGUCUGGUGAAAAGCUCUAUGUCGUUAAAACCUACAUCCUUUAACUCGUUUACUGGGAAAAUAAGCGCAACGAAUUGAGUAUUACUCAAAGUUGGAUGUAACCUGAAGUGAAAGAAGAGCGAAGGUCCUUAAUAAGUGAGAUUUGCCGGGACCUUUAUGUGAGAACAUCGUGCCGGAGAGACCCGGGACAGAGACUGGAGGAGAGACACCAGGAGACACGCUGAUUUGUGUCCUGGACCUGAGCUCUUGUUUAGAAGUCCAGACAUCACCUCCUUUAUCCGCCUUCAGGGACUAAACUCGGGGUGUGAAACCCGAUCCAGACGUUUUUCACUUGCAUUGGUGUAGACACACAGGUGCUGGAGCUGAAUCAUGGAGGCCGUCGCCAAGUAUGAUUUCAAAGCGACUGCUGAUGACGAGCUGAGUUUUAAACGCGGAGAGAUCCUGAAGGUAUUAAAUGAAGAAUGUGACCAGAACUGGUACAAGGCAGAGCUGAAUGGAAAAGAUGGAUUCAUCCCCAAGAAUUAUAUAGAAAUGAAAGCACACCCGUGGUUCUUCGGUAGGAUUCCCCGGGCGAGAGCAGAGGAGCUGCUGAACAAACAGAGGCAUGAUGGAGCUUUCCUUAUUAGAGAAAGUGAGAGUGCACCCGGAGACUUCUCCCUGUCUGUGAAGUUUGGGAAUGACGUGCAGCACUUCAAGGUGUUACGUGAUGGUGCAGGAAAGUACUUCUUGUGGGUUGUAAAGUUCAACUCGCUCAACGAGCUGGUGGAUUAUCACCGCUCUACCUCAGUCUCACGAAACCAACAGAUUUUUCUACGGGACAUCGAGCAGGUGCCUCAGCACCCCACUUAUGUGCAGGCCCUGUUUGACUUUGACCCUCAAGAGGACGGAGAGCUGGGUUUCCGCCGUGGAGAUUUCAUCCAGGUCCUGGACAACUCUGAUCCUAACUGGUGGAAGGGCGCAUGCCACGGUCAGACAGGCAUGUUCCCACGCAAUUAUGUCACACCUGUCAACCGGAACAUGUAAAGCAACAAACGUCUAGGUCCCUUCUUUCCAAAAACACACACCCCUUCUCAAAAAAGCCUAAAUGUCCCCCUCUGCCGUUAACACCCUGUGUUUUGCAGAGCAAAAAGAGAACAAUGGAAACUGGAAAAAAGAGAAAAAAGGUCAGCAGAGUGUGUUUCAUUUUUUCAGUGACAUAUGGGCGCAAAAAAAAAAUCAACACUGAUUCCUGAGAAUUAUUGUUUGCAUCACUAUGAACGCUUGCAGCCAGGGUCUAAUGAGCCUAAGCUUAGUGCAACACCAAACAAAUUAACGCCACAACGAUCCUGUGUGUAGAUUUCCCCUCCGCUCCGUCUCCUUUUCAACACCUUAUCCUUGUAGUGCAUUUUCCUACAUUUUCCUACUUAAUUUCAUUAAGUUUUGGCUGCAUGUUUUAAUCACAUUGUAACAGUAAAUGUUGAAUUUUGAGGCCAUUUUAAGUUCAAGAAAAAGAUUUAAAAUGAAAAAAAAAUGAAAAAAAAAAAACACCACCACAUUAGAUGGAUGUCAAUUUAAAAAAAAAAAAAAAAAGAAAAAUGCUAAUUGAUGCUAAUGUCAAGUCACCAGGUCUGAAAUACCAGGCACAGGAACUUUGUACAUCAGUUUUUGGCCAUGAAAAUAUACAUAGAGAAAGAGAGAGAAUCCAUUUUUAAGAAGAUAUAUAUUAUAUAUUUGUAUGUGUUUGUCUGUUUUAUCUUUCCACACACUUUUUUUUUUUCUUUUUGGUUCAGAUGUAAAUUAUGUUCAGUUGUUUUUGAAUGAAACGGAGUAGUUCUGGGACAUGCUGACUCGUCAGUGUAAUUUCGAGGAAUUAUAAUCUGAGAUUUCUCAGAUACGUCGGCAUGCUGCGUAACUCGCCACACGUUCCAUUUUGAGAGAAGAAAAAACCCUUCGCUUUGGAGCUGCAUAUUCUUAAACGUAAUCGUUUAUCAUGACUUUUAAUGCCGUGCAGGUAAGAGCCGUUUCAGCCUGCAGGAGUUUGUUCAACGUGAAACAAUCACAAGAUCAGCCACCAUUCAAAGCCAAGGUAUUUACUGCAGCCAAUUUUUCCCCCUCUCGGGCCGUGAAUGUAGCUGACUUUAGACCUUCGACAUGAGCAUGAGGGAAGUUAGGGUCACUGUCCUGAACCACGCACCUACUCGAGAUUUCAAAGGAGUAUCUAUUUACAGUUUCAGAACCAUGUAGGAUCAUGUAUGCAUACAAACAAUAUGCACGAGGCGUGUAUACACAUUUUAAGCGGAAGAUUGAAAGUCAUGUGAGUUUAAUCUUUAAUUAUCAUGUAUUUCGCCAGUCCCCAAACUGGCACCAAUAAAAGCAGUAUGCGAAACUAUAAA